AGCAAAGCACAUGUUUAUUAUCAUUUAUCAAUGAUAACAUGUUAUAAUUAUUUCGAAAAAACAAUUUUUCUUCUAUCUCCAGUUUUAAAAAUCCAGUACUUUUAUCAUUUUUAGAUAUUUGUUAGAUAUUUUAUCAUGUCAGUUAAAUAUUAUUUAUGUAUGAUCGUAAAAUUUAUUUUCAUACUUAAAAGAAUGAAGAUCACGGGAGAGCUUUACAUUUCUUUAUAUAAGGUUUACAAUAUCGAAGCUUGACUACAUAAUAACAAUAUAAUUCAAAAUUUAACUUUUCUUUAAACAUUGGUAAUAAUAUUUUCUCGAAAAGAGUUAUAUUUAUAUUUUUAUUUUUAAUAUAUAUAUAUAUCGUAAUACAUUAUGGAAAAAUAAAAUAAUAAUUAAAUUACAAAUAUAAUGCGUAUAUAAAAUUAAUCACAUUGAAUAUUAUAACAAGUUAGAAUCGUAAAGAUCGCAAAACGCGCGUUAUUCCAAGCGUAUGGUUUAAACUCCCGUAGAGUGGCAUCAUUAAACAGCUUUAUUGUCUAGAAUUAUUCCCCUACUCUCGUCAUAACUAAAGAGAUAUGAGUCACGUUCAUUAAGUAUGUAACGGGUGGGCUGUACAGUUCGCGGAAACUGGAAAUAAGAUAAAGGACUAGGAUUUAAGAUUUCGCUGCUAAGGAUUCGAUUACACGGCUACGAGCCUCUCCGAUUUCGCUCGUCUUUGAUUAUUUUCUUGUUAAACAUAUGAGAACUCUAUUUUCAUUCUUAGAUUCGAGUAGAUCUUCAUUCUGUAUUUUAUAUGCUUAAUGAACGUUAUUUUAUGCAUAAAUUAUUGAUCAAAUUUAGUGCUUUAUCUUAACACGUUUUACUCGACGAUAAAUCAAUGAUUUAAAAAGAAUAUUUUGAAGAAUCCAAAUAAGAUUGCAGCGUAAAUACCUGUUUUAAUUCAACAUCAUCACAAAUUAUCAUGCUUCUUCUGGAUUUCAUUAAGUAAAUUCAGUACAGAAUGAUGAGCUGUUAUUUAUAGAUUAAACGUAUGACAGUGGCAGCCCUGAUUUGAUAUACAUAUAUUCACUCGAAAUCCAAAGAUAUAAAUGUGAAUUGUUAAUUAAUAUUUCUUUACUAAUAAUAUAAAAUAUUUUCUAUUAUUCUAUAAAAUAUUAAGAUGAUGUUUAUUAAUUAUGUAUUUUAUUAUUGAAAAGUUAAAUAAUAUUAUUGAUUUAAAAGUUUUAUACAAUCUACAAUUAAUAAAAGUAUUAUAAAUAAUAUAGUAUUUUGUGUAAUAUAAAAAAUGUUAUACAAUUUAAAGAAUAUUAUUAUCACAUUUGCGAUAAUAUUCAAUAAUUGUAUGUAUAACAUUAACAAUAAUGUAGAGAUAUUAUAGAGAUACAUACAUAUUAGGUUGAAAAUGUUCCUAUGAUAUUUUUGUCUCUUCUUUAAGUAAAAUAUACAAUUAUAUGUAUAAAUUAGAUAUAUAAAAAAUUUUAUUAGACUAAUGCAACAUAUAUUGUAAUUUUCAUAUUAAUUUUCAUAUCAAUUAUAUCAUUAACAGUUGUCUAGCCUGAUUCUCUAUAGUGAUAACAUUUAUUACUAUAUAUAUAUAUAUAUAGCAGAAACAAUUAUCUAUUAUUUCUAUCCUUCAUCUGUGAUAAAGAAAAAAUUUAUAUUGUUUCAUAGCGAAACAGUUAACUAAAAAUUAUUAUAUUAUUUUGUGAUAAUGAAAUCAUAUUGUAAUUUGUAAGUUCAAUUUGAAUUACGAGCUUAAAAACAGUAUUAGGUACAAGAAAUCGACAUUCAUUAAGAAUUGUGCCAUAAAGAACAAAAGCUUCGAUUAAAUAUAAAUAAUAAUAAAUUAAUCUUAAUGUUCUGCUGGAUUGACAAUCAUGACACGACUAAGAGGCAGAGCCUCUUUAAUGAUCAUUAUAAUGAUCAGUUUCACUCUAUUGAUUAUUAUUUAUCAUAUUCUCGGUAAUGAGGUCAAGGACAUUACGUCCAAUAAAUUAAGUCCACGACUUAAAAUCGAAGAAGUUUAUCCAUUGAGUGAUCUCACAGAGAAUCCUCUUAGUAUUGCCAGAAAACAACAAAUAGAAGCUCAUAUAAUGGGAAAGUUAAAAAGUGGUGGAGGCAAGAUAUUCAGUGAUUUCAAUUAUGGUAAAUCACGUAUAGAAGUUCCCUUGUUCAAAGGUCAUAAAAUUGUACAUUUGGAUUUAAAGGGUGCUCCUCCAAAAGCAAGUUAUUAUAAGUACCUGCUACGUUUGCUCAAAAAAUUAGGUGCCACUGGUAUACUUAUAGAAUAUGAGGAUAUGUUUCCUUUUGAAGGAAUAAUACAAAAUAUCAGUGCAGGUAAUUGUUAUACCAAGAGAGAUAUUACUAACAUUCAAAAAUUAGCUAAUGAGAAUCAGCUCAUAGUUAUACCAUUGAUUCAAACUUUUGGUCACAUGGAAUUUGUUCUAAAAUUAGAUAAAUAUAAAGAUUAUAGAGAAGUUUCACGUUAUCCACAAGUUUUAUGUCCUACAUAUAAUAAAACUCUUCCAUUGAUAUAUGAAAUGAUAGAUCAAAUAAUAGAAGCGCAUCCUGAUAUAAAGCAUUUACAUAUUGGAGCUGAUGAAGUUUAUCAAAUAGGAGAAUGUUCUAGAUGUUCAGAUAUAAUAAUUAAAAAACAAUGGGGUAAAAAACAAUUAUUCUUGGAUCAUGUUUCAAAAGUAGCAAAAUAUAUAAAAAAUAAAUAUCCAGAACUUACAGUUCUUAUGUGGGAUGAUGAAUUUAGAGAAAUAUCAUCUGAAGAAAUAAUAGACAGAGGUUUACAUUUAAUGGUAGAACCUGUCGUUUGGAAAUAUACUACUGAUCCUGGAGUAUCAUUAACAGAUCAAUUGUGGGAAAGCUAUGCAUCAGUUUGGAAGAAUAUUUGGAUUGCUACAGCUUUCAAAGGUGCUACUGCACCAGAUAGAUAUUAUACAGAUAUUGCUUAUCAUAUAGAAAACCAUCAACGUUGGUUAGAAAUUAUUAAUAGAUAUUCUACUCAGAUUAGAUUUAAGGGUGCGAUUUUAACUGGAUGGCAAAGAUAUGAUCAUUUCAGCGUACUUUGUGAACUUUUACCAUCUGCCAUACCUUCACUUGCUGUAAAUUUAGCUAUCUUACAAGCUCCAGAUUUAUGUAGAUUCCCAAUAGAAGUACCUACUUCAGUAUUACAAGCUUUACAAUGUGAGGGUAUCAUUUCUUUAAAUAUUCCAGAACCUCAAUAUGGUUGGACCAAAUGUAAUUACCAUGGUGUAUCUAUUUAUGCUGCCACAUUGAGAUUGUUUUCUUUGACUCAAGAAGUCAAUAAAAUGGAGCAGGAUAAUACCUUUAAAGGAUGGUUGAAAUCAUACAAUUUAAAAUAUGCAUUUUCAAAUCCUAGUCAUGUAGAAAGAGCAAUUGCUGAUUUGGAUAAAUAUAAGAUGGAAAUAAUGUAUAUUGAGAAAGAAAUAAGAUCAUCUAUGGAAAAUAUAUAUGAUAAUUAUACCAUACAAGAGUGGAUAGAAACAUAUAUUGAUCCGUUAAAUGAGAAAUUAACUCAAUUAUGGGAGGCUAAAGAAAAAAUUUUAGAAAAGAACAUAUGGCCAAGAAGACCAUUAACAAAAUCUGAUUUAUAGUUAAACGAAUAAUUUCCAUACAAUGUAAUAUGAGACUGAAGAUCGCACUAGGUAAACAAAGAAGCGAUAUAUUGAUCGAGAUAUUUGGAAUUCUUCUUUUCUAAAGGAAUAAAUAAAUAAUCCAUAGUAUAUAGAAUCUAUAAAAUUAUAAUUUUGCACCAUAUGUCUAACAUAUAGGAUACGCUCUAUAUCUCAAUUGAAGUGCAUCAAAUUUUAUCGACUGCACCGUCCGUAAAUUAAUGUCGUUCAUUUGCUUUCGAAAAAUGAAUUUCUUUUCUUGAUUUAUUUAAACAUUCGUAUAAAAGUUUUUAAUAAUUUAUAAUUGACAAGCGAACAAAAAUUUUCUAAUUAGCAUUUCUAGAAUAUGUAUAAUAUCAUAUAUAUAUUUAAUGAAGUUAAUUUAAGAAUUAAUUCCAAAGUUAAUUAUUUGAUUAUUAGUAAUAUCGUUUGAAUAAUGAAAAAUAUUAUAUACUAUUUUAUCAUAUUAAUUCUCAACAAAAAAAAUUCAAAUUUUAACUUUAAUGCUUUCUAUGUAUAUUUUAUAUGUUUUUCAUUCAAAAUGAUUAUUUUAAUACGCACAUACUGCGGUUUUACUUAUUCUUAUUUGUCAAAUAUUUGUCUCGUUGUAUGCGUUUUGUUUUGUAUGUUUAUGGUUUUAGUAUAUGGUUUUAGUAUUGUUUUGCAUGAUUAGUGCCAUUAAUAAUUAGAUAUAGAAAAAAAUCAGUGAAUCAAUAGUUUAUAAAAAUAGAAAUACAUCUACAAUUUCUUUAACGAUCGAAUAAUUUUUCUCUCGAUCUUUAAACUGUUAUAAUAUUUUACUUAAUCUUACAAUAUUUAUAAUCAAUUACAGAACUUUUCUUAUAUCAUGAUUUCUUAACUAAUAAUUUUCAAUAUUAAAGAAUCUUUCCAUAAGCAUUUAUAAAAUCAUCAAAGAUUUGAAUACAAAUUCAUAGCAUAUAUUCAAUCAACAGUAUAUGUACAUCAUUAUAAUGAAUAAUAUUACUAUUAUUGUAAAAGUAUUUUUAACAACGUUUGUUACGUUGAUCCAUAUUAUCCUAAGUAGUAAGAUCUUAUCGAUAAAUAAAUUUGUUUUUAAAUC